AUGGAGCCCUUCUCGUUUGCCAGCUCCGAGGCGCUGGACCUGCCCGUCAGCAUCCGCAUCGUCAGCCUCGAAGGCGACGAGACGCCCUUUCUCGACUCAACGAUCAUCACCCAUCCCGAGAUCCGGCACGUCGGCUCGAAUACCAGCUUCAGCUCCGAUCUCUAUGCAACCGCCCAGGUUUGGGCCGGCUCCAAGCCCUUGACCGUCCCCAUCCAGACCGCCUACCGACCCUUCAAGUCUGAGCGCAAAUGGAACGAGUGGCUGCGUCUGCCCAUCCGCUACUCGGGACUGCCGGCCAAUGCGACCGUGGCCGUGACGGUGUGGGACAUCUCGCCCGCCGGUUCGGGCUCGGGGACCGCCGCGAGUCCCGGUCACGCCGUGCCCUUUGGCGGCACGACCAUUCCACUUUUCGACAAGGACAACCAGCUGCACAAGGGUAGAUACAAGUGCCUGGUGCAUCGCCUGGCCGAAGCAGAUGGAUACGACAACUCGACGACACCGGCGUUUCCGGACAAGUUGUCGGUGCGCCGCCGACGACGGACAAGAAAAGUACGAAAGCGGGACAGCGGCGGCGGCAGCGAUGACGGCACCGUCCACGACAACGACGAAGACGACGACGAUGCUGAUAGAAUCGACAGCGAGGAUGAUGGUGUCGAUGGGACCGGCGACGACGCAUCGCCAUUACGAGAUCCAGACGAGGUUGAGAUCGAGCGGAUGGACCGGCUGUUCAAGAAGCACGAGAUGGGCGAGAUUCCCCGGGUUGAAUGGCUGGACCAGCUGGUCUUCCGUGGCUUCGAGAAGCGCGUUAUGCGCAGCGCUGCCUCGUCGCUAAAGGUGAAGCAGGCUUACACGGGAGCAGCGGCAAGAGGAGCAUCAGGCGACGAUCCAAGUAGUCAAGCCAACGGCAGGACCGCCAACCGCCGGCCCGGCCCAUCACGAUUCCUGCUCAACGUCGAGUUCCCCCGCUUCGAUUUUCCCGUCGUCUUCGUCGAUCACGAGUACCCGCCACCACCCAUCUCUUCCCUCCAAAACCUGUCGGCGUCGCAAUCUGGCAUCGUCCUCAAGCCACCACCGGAAGUUCACCUCGGGCCCGGAAUCGACGGUGCUGUCGGUGACUCUGCUCUGGGUGGCCGCUUGGUCCGCGUCUACGACCCAGAAGUCGGCGCCCGCGACAACCCGGCUGAGAGCAAGCACCGCCGGCUCGUGCGCAGCCAGCACCGCCACGGCACGCUCGACAAGGACCUGAAGCCCAACGCCAAGGUGCGCGACGAGCUCAACGUCAUCACAUCGUACCCGCCAACACAGGCCCUGUCGUCUGAGGAAAAAGACCUGGUGUGGAAGUUCCGGUACCACCUGACGCGCGAGAAGAAGGCCGUCACCAAGUUUGUCAAGUCGGUCAACUGGCAGGACGCAGCCGAGGCGAAGCAGGCCGUGCAAGUAUUGGGCCGCUGGACCAACAUUGACGUCGACGACGCCCUGGAGCUGCUGGGCCCGACGUUUGACCACCGCGCGGUGCGUGCCUACGCCGUCGAGCGCCUGCGCAAGUCGGGUGACAGCGAGCUGCUGUUGUAUCUGCUGCAGCUGGUGCAGGCCCUCAAAUUUGAGCACAUUUCCACCACUGAGGCCGAAGCUGAUGCGGCCGCGGCCGCUGCUGGGCGUGACAAUGGCGACAAUACAGUGAUUGCUACCGGACAUACCCGGCGAGAAGCCGAGUUUGCGGCCGCUGCUGCCACGAUAAUACACGACUCGUCCCUGGCCCGCUUCCUCAUCACACGGGCGGCCGGCAAUCUCAUGCUGGGCAACUACUUUUACUGGUACCUCAUGGUCGAGUGCGACGACCACAGUGUGGAACAGUCGGCCGAGUACCGCGCCGUCUACCGCAAGGUGGCCUACGACUUCAUGGCCGAGCUGGAGCUGCGGCCCGGUGGCUCCGAGACACGAAAAACGCUGCGGCGGCAGGCCGAGUGGGUCGCUGUCAUGGCCAAGAUUGCCGGCGAGGUCAAAGAGGCACACGAAUCCAUUGCACGGCGUGUCGAGCGCGUGCGCCACUAUGUGCAGGAUCUCAAGAACGAGCUCGUCACGAUCGACCCGCCGUUGCCUCUUCCCCUUGACCCGGCCAUCGAAGUCACGAGCGUGAGCGCCGACGACGUGGCCGUCUUCAAGUCGUCGCUGCACCCGAUCAAGGUCUCCUUCCGGGAUACGCAGGGCCGCAAGUACCCGAUUCUGUUCAAGAUGGGCGACGACCUACGGCAGGACCAGCUGGUGAUCCAGAUCAUCACGCUGAUGGACCAGCUGCUCCAAAAGGAGAACCUCGACCUCAAGCUGACGCCCUACAAGAUCCUGGCCACGAGCAACCGCAUGGGCCUGACCCAGUUCGUGCCCUCCGUCAGCUUCCAGAGCCUGGCGGCGCGCUACAAGGGCGCGCCCAAUGCGGCCCUGGCCUACUUGCGGCAGAACAACCCGGACGCCCAUGCGCCGCUGGGCCUGCGCCGCGAGACGCUCGACACGUUUGUCAAGUCGUGCGCCGGCUACUGUGUGGUGACGUACAUUCUGGGCGUGGGCGACCGGCACCUGGACAACUUGCUGCUGGCGCCCGACGGGCACUUUUUCCAUGCCGAUUUCGGCUUCAUCCUCGGCCGCGAUCCCAAACCGUUUGCCCCGGCCAUGAAGCUCAGCAAGGAAAUGGUCGAGGCCAUGGGCGGCAGCGGAUCGGAGCACUACCGGCAGUUCAAGCAGUACUGCUUCUUGGCGUACACGGCGCUGCGCAAGUCGAGCAACCUGAUUCUGAACCUGUUCAGCCUGAUGGUGGACGCCAACAUCCCCGACAUCCUGUGGGAGCCGGACAAGACGGUGCUCAAGGUGCAGGAGCGGUUCCACUUGGAGCUCAACGAGGAGGACGCGAUCCGGCACUUUGAACGGGUCAUUGACGACAACCUCAAUGCCAUUGUGCCUGUGGUCAUUGACCGGCUGCACGAGUUUGUGCAAGCGUUCCGGGCGUAG